AUGUGGUUGCGAUUAUUAUUCUUCCUAUUCUGCAUGCCCCUUGCGGUCUUUGCCGCGGGCCAUCAUCAUUCUCAUCUGCACUCUGAACACUCUCAUCAUCAUGGUCAUAAACGUGCUUCAAAUGGUUCUUCAAGCGAUGGGUCAGGCCUUGAUGCUGCUCGCAAGAUCUUGGCGGCUGGUCAAGCUGCAAUGGCUCAUGCAAACCAUGCCAUCAUCGCUAACCCACGCCCAAACCGCUUGGAAGUGCUAAACUCCACAGAGCUUAGAAGGACCCAGAAAGCACCUCCCCCAUUGGAAUACCGCAAUGCCACUACAAAGUCACUCAAGAGUAGAGACACAGGAAACGGAACUUCGAAGGAUCUUCGUUAUACUAUCCCUGAUGAACUUAUCAAGGCCGCACGCCUACUUUCAGAGGCCUGGAAGCCAUCUCCCGAGGACCUUGAUGGUGGCUAUGCUUCCGAUGUGCAACACUUGAAGGAUACCUUCCUUUACAAGAACAAUGAUACUAACAUGAUGCCUCCCAUGCUUCAGUACGACUCAGGAUUAAUAAAGCCUGUACAUGAGCCACCAUCCGCUUUUCGCUACAGUGAAAAUGAGACUGAUGCCGCUGAUCAUGUGAUCAACAGCGAUAACGAACUUCAUAAAAGAGCUAGCUCAGACUGGUGGAUGGCUACAAUGUCCCAGAGAGGCUCGAGUCCAUUUGCCCCGACUGGAUAUCAAGUUUGGCGAGAUGUCAAAGACUUUGGUGCUAAAGGCAAGUUCAUCGGUGAUGGCGUUGCUGAUGAUACAGAUGCCAUUAACAAAGCUAUCUCCAGCGGUGGUCGGUGUGGUGGAGGCAAAUGCACUGGAAGCACAAUUUAUCCAGCGACCGUUUACUUCCCUCCAGGCACUUAUAAAGUCAGCUCUUCUAUAAUUCAGUACUACAAUACCGAAAUGAUUGGCAAUCCUCUUGAUCUUCCGACUAUCAUUGCGGCGCCGAGCUUUGUUGGUCUUGGUGUCAUUACUUCCAACGUUUAUACAGGAGAGACAUCGGAAUGGUAUCUCAACCAAAACAACUUUCUUCGCAGUGUCCGCAACUUCAUCAUUGAUGUCCGUCCAACUCCUGCCAGCGCUCAAGUUUGCGGGAUCCAUUGGCAAGUGGCUCAGGGCACAUCCCUCGAGAACAUUCAUUUCUAUAUGACGAAGUUUAAGGAUGAUCCCAAGACAACACAGCAGGGUAUCUACAUGGAGAACGGCAGUGGUGGUUUUCUCUCCGACCUCUAUUUCGUAGGAGGCAAAUUCGGGCAAGUUCACUGGAUCUACCUGGAUACUACCAAGUCGAUGACUAACCAUUUAAUCAAUAGUGCAUACAUGGGCAACCAACAAUUCACAGCUAGUGGUCUCUAUUUCGAAGAGGCUGAGACCGCUAUCCAGAUACAUUGGGACUGGGGGUGGACCAUGCAGAACAUUGUCGUCGACAAUUGUAAAACUGGUCUCACUAUCGUCGGUGGUGCAGGAGGUCCGAUGAGCACUGGGCAAGGAAUAGGCUCUCUUCACAUGACCGAUCUGCGCUUCCAUUAUGUUAAAGUCGCAGUCUCAACUUCAAUCAUGGCCGACAACUCCACCGCUCUAUUACUCAGCAAUUCCGGUUUCUACAACGUCGACACCAUCGUUGAAGAUGCCUCGAAGAAGCAGGUUCUUCUACGUGGUGGCAAAGGAACUGUCAACGUUGACACUUGGGGCUUUGGAAGAGUCACCAGCGCCAACGGUACCAGCGCUUUCCACAAUGGGGCCACCCUUGACAGCCCUGUCAGAAACUCGUCUCUUGUAACCGGUGGACGCAAACAGUUCUUUACCAGACGCCGUCCCAAGUAUGACAAUUUGGGCUUCAGUCAGAUUCUCGAUGCGAAAGCGUACGGUGCCAAAGGUGACGGUUUGACCGAUGACACAGCUGUUCUGAAUCAUCUUUUCUCGGCUGCUGCCAACAUGUCUGCGAUUGUAUACGUCCCAUUCGGUGUAUAUAUAAUUACAGACACCCUUGAUAUCCCCGUUGGUUCGCGUGUUAUCGGCCAGGCUUGGCCACAAAUCAUGGCUACUGGCUCCAAGUUUGCGGACGCUCUUAAGCCUCGCGUCGCAGUCCGUGUGGGUCUGCCAGGUCAGGUCGGCGUUGUUGAGAUUCAAAACAUGAUGAUGACUGUCCGAGGGGCUACAGCCGGUGCUAUCAUGAUGGAGUGGAAUGUACAUGAAUCUGUCCAGGGUUCUGCUGGUCUUUGGGAUACCCAUUUUAGAGUUGGGGGUGCUGCGGGCACCGAUCUCACUGUCAAGGACUGUCCCAAACUGUCAGGCAAAGUCAAUCCUAAUUGUGUUGCUGCAUCCCUUAUGCUUCACCUGACCCCCGACUCUUCUGCUUACUUGGAAAAUGUCUGGAUGUGGACAGCAGACCACGACUUCGACACAGCCGAUCAGACACAAGUUGACAUAUAUGUUGGCCGAGGCAUGCUCAUUGAGAGCAAGGGUCCAACAUGGCUCUGGGGCACAUCAGUCGAACACUGCGUAAUGUACCAAUACCAGCUAUCUGGCGCUCAGAACGUUGUCAUGGGUCUGAUCCAGACCGAAACACCCUACUUUCAAUCGUCCCCAAACGCGCCGACACCUUUCAAGCCAGGCGCCUUCCCCAACGACCCUGAGUUUCACAACUGUACAAAGACCUCAAAGUCUUGUGCUAUGGCCUGGGCCCUUCGCAUCAUCGACUCUUCGGCAGUCCAUGUCCUCAGUGCUGGUCUCUACUCGUUCUUCAACGGUUACGAUCAGACAUGCCUCAACUCGGGGCGGCAUGACUGCCAAGACAAGAUCUUUUACACAGAGCAGAGCUACGAUAUUUGGGUCCAGAAUCUCGUCACUCUUGGCAGUGUUCAGAUGGUCAGCCCUUUGAACGGAGUUCCGACACUUGGUAAACCAAACAGAAAUGGUUUCGCUUCUUCCAUCCUGGCUUGGCUUGGAGGGUCCAGGAAUCUCACCGGACAGCGCAAUUUUGAGGGCUACAGGAUCUACUCUGAGAACACACUGGACAUCGACAGAUUUCCCGACGCUUGUCAGAAUGCACUCACCGCUCUUGUACGAUGCGAUAAUUAUACAGCCGAAUGGACGAGGCCUUCAUACCACGGCGUUCUUCCCAAUAAGGUGAGUGUCGAGUCUGUCUGCGACAAGGGCUGUGCACAAGCAAUGUCGGAUUGGCGAUCAGCCGUCGAUACCUACUGUGGCAAUGCGACAUGGCACAAUGGCGCUGCUGCUGGUGUCUUGGGAGCUUUCGUUUCACAGGGUAUCAACGAGACAUGCCAGACCGAAAAGAAUACUGGGAGAUAUUGCAAUGAUAUCAUAUACAAGUUCACCGUUUCUGAGACUAUAGAGAAGAUGCCGACCAAGGAUCUCUGUUCCGAUUGCUAUGUUAGUCGGCUCAAGAUGAUGCAGGCCAGCCCAUUUUCCUAUUACAAUAGAGACUCUUUCUACCAAGAUGCUCUAAAGGAAGCAGUCAAGCGAUGCUCUCUGUCAAACAUACCAACUGUUGCCCAGGGCUCUCCUUUUCCUCCAGCGCCUGCUGAGCCCACCUUUUGUCUUUCCGAUGUCACGUACAAGACGAAGGCUGGCGACACGUGCGACUCUUUGGCUAUGAAGUACAGCGUCGCAUCUUCCGCAAUAUUCAUUGGAAACCCAGACAUUCUCGACUGCAACGACAUUGUCGAAGGUGUUCAGAUCUGUCUACCUCUCCAAUGCAAGACCUACAAGCUUGAGGAAGAUGACACCUGCAUAUCCGUUGCGAUCGCCACAGGUCUCUACCAACAAGACAUCCGCACACUGAAUCCUUGGAUUCAUGAGCUUUGCGGUAAUCUCCAGUCCGCUACCAUUACUCUAGGUAGAGUGAUUUGCACUACCCCGCCUGGAGGCAAGUAUAAGCACGACGUCAACACCACUAGUUCAGACCCAGCAUACUCUGAGUAUAGCGACAAGGCCAUUGCACCACCUGUCGGUGCUACACUUGCCGAUAAGACCACUAAAGACUGUGGACGAUGGUACACAGUUGAAAAGGGCGAUAACUGCGCUCGUGUCCUGGUCCAGUAUCACAUUAGCCUUCCUCUCUUCAUACAAGCCAAUCCUUCAGUUUCGGAAGGUACCUGUACAGAAGAUCUUAUUCCCGGGCGAACAUAUUGUGUUGGUCCAACCAAGGAAGUUUCUGUACAAAAGCUUAAGCCUGUUCCGCCUUAUACACGCUUCGGAUGCUUUGCCCGCGAGGCAGACACUACCAACCGUACCGUCUUGACUCUCGCUGAGGCAAAGCAUGUCAAGCCCAUGUCCAUCGUGGCUUGUCAGUCUUACUGUUUACAACAGCGUUGGACUGUUUGGGGGGUCCAAAACGGUGACUCCUGUUUCUGCGACAAUCGUCUACGUAUGGAUAGUCAGAUCCUAAAGGAUUCGGAUUGCAACAUGCAUUGCAACGGUAAUACCACGAAUAUCUGCGGUGGCAAAGAUGCAAUUGAAGUCUUUAGUGAAGAAGAAUUGUUGCCUGUCGAGUAUGAAAGUCUUGGCUGUUACGUCCAUGAUCUCCAUACGUACGCGAUUCAGGGUACGACAGGUGGUGACACUUUCGAUUCACCGGAUGAAAUGUCCGUGGAUGCGUGUGCAAGCCGUUGCACAAUUGAAAAGAGGGCUGACUUCUUUGCUCUCUGGGAAGGGAAUAUCUGUACUUGUGGGAUGAGAAUGCGUCCGGGUGCUCAAAAGGUUAACGACAGUCGGUGCAAUGUGCCAUGCAACGAUCAGCUCGGAGGUAACUGUGGCGGAAAGGGUGUAGCAGAGGUUUACACAAAUAAGAAGAAGUACAUGGUAUCUAAGUAA